UCAACUUUUCAUAUCUGAAUGAUUUUACAAUAUUGUGUUUGCUGUAUGUUCUGAAUAAUGAACUACAAGGGAAAACCUAACCUUUUAAAGGUUAGGAAAGGAGAACGGGAAAAUACUCUAAAAGACUAACUACCCUAACAGAAAACUUAACAUCAAUAGCUUUCCCUUAAACUGGAUUGUGUAUGUUUACCAAUCCAAGCUUAAGGAACGAUAAACUGAAAACGCACACGGUGAGGAAGUUUUGUUAAUAUUUCUGCAAGCUGUUCGUUAGAACGAAUAGGCAGUAGAUGAAGGAGAUUUGCUUGAAUCUUUUCACGUACAAUGUCACAGUCGAGUUCGAUAUGUUUAGUCCUUUCAUGGUAGCUUUGAUUGUGUGCAAUAUGUCUGGCAGACUUAUUGUCGCAGUAGAGGGCAGCAGUCGUAGUGGUCUCAACAUUGAGAUCUUGUAAGAUGUAAGAGAUCCAUUGGAUUUCACAUACUGUAGCAGUUAGUGCUCGAUAUUCUGCUUCGAUGGAUGACCUGGAAACAGUACUUUGUUUUUUAGUUUUCCAUGAUACAAGAGAGGAUCCAAGGAAGACACAAAAGUUAGUGGUAGAUCUUCUAGUAUUAGGACAAGUUGCCCAGUCCGAGUCACUGAAAGCUUUGAUCUGGAUAUGAGAGUCAGCAGCUAAAAUCAUUCAGAUAUGAAAAGUUGAUGUUUUUCUUACCUUUCCUUGCUCCUCUUGCUCCAAUCUACCUCUUUCUUUCUUCUUGCAUCUGCAGUAGAGAACUUCCGGUGUGUCUACCGUUGCUUCUCUCUCUAUAUGAAAGAGACGCUCUCCUCUGCUUCUCUCUCUACCCAUUGUCGAAGACUGACAGCGUCUGGGAGCUUCUGGAGGAGAUAUUUUUUAUCUCCGUGGACUUUCGACUUUUGGAUUUUGGCUUAAAGGCUUUUGGGCCUUUUCUAUUCGGCUUAUUGUUUGGGCCUCACUAUAAUAUGGUAUCAGAAGUGCAACCUGUUUCUUGAGUUGUUCUUGGCUUCUUGAUCUGUUCUUGUCAUGAUAGAAACCAACACAGAUCCCACCACUAAUCCAUCAAGCCCCUAUUAUCUUCAUCCUGGUGAAAAUCCAGGUGUUACCCUCAUUUCCCAGGUUCUUACUGAAUCCAAUUACUCAUCAUGGAGUAGAAAUCUGAAACAUGCUAUACUCUCGAAAAACAAAAUUAAAUUCAUUGAUGGCAGUAUCCAAAAACCUACGAGAACUGACAAAUUAUUUGAAGCAUGAGAAAGAUGUGAUACAAUGGUUCUAUCCUGGAUCAUCAAAACCCUUUCAACCCAGAUUGCAGAAAGUGUUCUUUAUGUUGACACUGCCCAAGAUCUUUGGGAAGAACUCAAAGAUAGGUUUUCUAAGGGGGAUUAUUUCAAGAUUUCCGACUUAUUACAAGACAUUCAUUCUAUCAAGUAAGGAGAAAGAAAUAUCAGUCAAUAUUUCACUGACUUAAAAAUUCUUUGGGAAAAAUUAGAAUCUCUCGGGCCUAUACCUUGUUGCACCUGCAAGGACCCAUGCACCUGUGAUAUAUCUAAAAUCUCUCUAAAAUACAGAGACUAAACAUGUUAUUUGCUUCCUAAAAGGACUCAAUGACACCUAUCAAACUGUUCGGACUCAAAUCCUUCUAAUGGAGCCACUUCCCAACAUCAACAAGGUUUUUUCUCUCCUAACGCAACAAGAAAGACAUCAUCAGGAUAGGGGAGGCCAAAAUGAAUCUUUCAAGAUUUUAGCCAGCACAUUUGACAAGACAAAUUGGAGAGGACAAGGCCGUGGCACUAACUCAUGUGGCCAAGGAAGAGGAAGAGAGAUAAAUCCCAAUUAUGGGAAGCAAUGCUCCCAUUGUCACAAGAUGAAUCACACAAUUGACAAAUGUUACUCUAAACAUGGCUUUCCACCAUGGUACAAGAAGAAUGAUCACCAAAAUAUUCAGGAUAGGGGAGGCCAAAAUGGAGUUAUGCUAAUGCUUGCAAAGAAGAUUCUCUCUCUACCCAUUGUCGAAGACUGACAGCGUCUGGGAGCUUCUGGAGGAGAUAUUUUUUUAUCUCCGUGGACUUUCGACUUUUGGAUUUUGGCUUAAAAGGCUUUUGGGCCAUUUCUAUUCGACUUAUUGUUUGGGCCUCAUUAUAAUAUAUUUGAUUAUUUUUUUCUUCAGCAUGAUGAUACUGGUAUUGGUAUGAAGUAUUACUAUACUGGUUUCAUUGCUAACUAGUCUCUUUUAGAAACUCUCAAAAGAGCACCUUUAGGAGAGUCUUCCUUUUAUGUACUUGGUUGAUAGUAUUAGGUUGUGUGUAUGGUAUAUUUUUUACAACACUCUUGUGGGUAUUCUUACGCUACUAUUUGACGACUGUUAGGUUACAGGCAGAUUUAAGUCAUGUUUGUUAUUUUCUUUUGUAGGAAAUUAAGGAGUUUCUGAAACCGUGGUAGUUUGUAGACAACUGGACUUUGAGAAUCGUAAUUGGGGAACACCACUAAAGGUAGAUGAAAACAGAAGACAGGUGGUGGACGGUGGACCCUAAUAAAAAGUCUACAAGAAAGCAAUUAUUUGUGAGUUCUCUUGAUUCACUUAGGCGUAUUGGAAAUAUAACUCCACAUGUGGAGCAAUCUAGUUUACUUGGUUCCGAGAUCAGUAUUGCAUAUGGUGCAUGUUUCGGGAUACAAGGUUGAAGUUCCUUACUCAAAGCACUCUAGGUUAAGACUGGACGAACUCCUUAGUUGUCCUCCAUCCUCCAAGUUACGUUGUUCGUUCUCCCUCCUCUUUAUCCAAACCAUGUGGGUGGGUACUUGUCAAAGACACUCCAACGUUCAAGUUAGUAAUGUAACCGAACGGUUGGCUCAACAAGUAAUGCAUAUAUUGUGCAUCGUGAUCCUAAAUUCAUACCUGAGACCUUUAUUUAUACUAGUUGUGAUGGACCUUUACCUUUCGUCAGUCUAAUGACGACCCAAUCACACCUUAAUCUACAUUAGGGGCUUAAUGAGUCAUUACUAUUGGGCACAACUUGGGAGGAAGUCUUGGGAGGACGACCUGGGUUGGACGACAGACUGUACGGUACACAGUGGUGGCUGUGGACUAUACUGUACAGAUUUAUUUUAUUAAGUCAUCAUAUAUAUAUAUAUAUAUAUAUAUAUAUAUAUCAUAUAAUUUACAAGUCUAGUUUAUAAGGAAAUCCAGUAGAAUUCAACCUAUUGGGAGUCAUUAAUGAAGUUUUUGGCAGUAAAAGGCUCGGCCUCAGCAGAAUGAGUGAUCACUUUGAAUCUCUCCCAUGGGACUCUAUUGGAGGUUUGAGCACCAGGUCCAAAGUUAUUAUACUCUCUAUAGAAUAGAGUGUUAAGACCAGAAGUAGUGUCUUCUCACUCUAACCAGCCAAUUGUGUCAAUUAUAUCACUCAUAUAACUUUCCAUGAUAAUAGUUCUCGAAUAAUUCUUACAUGGCCUCCCUAAAUAUGUUUGGAAUUUCUUUUUGACGCCUUCAAACUCGUGAGUGACACCAAUCCUAUAGUUUUGUAUUACAAUUCCACUAUCUUCGUUAUUUGUUCUUCUUUGGGUGGUUAUGACGUUAUGCUGGCCUGUGAGAGGAAUUCUCACUUGGAUAUCACAGUCUUGUAAUACCACUUGAGCCGUGUCGCCAAAAGUAAAAUCUAAUGUGUCUUCAAUAAGACACUUCAUAAAAAAAUGUAUACCCUGCAUAACAUAUAGUGUCUUGAUAUCCCAACACCUCACAAUUGUAAAAUGCAGAGAAAACUUCUAUUAGCGCUAGGCCAACAACUUGUUUGUUUAAAGGUCUCACGUACUACAUUCUUCAAAGUAAACUCUAUUAAACCUAGCCAUGAAGAAUUCAUUCUUAGUCUUGGUCACCUUAUUGUUGAUUGUCAAUGCUAGUAUUCCCCAAAGUGAGACCGAGGGCUGUUGGAGGAUGAAAAAGACUUGGAGGUUUUGAGGUAUGAUAUGGUCGUAGCUUUAGAUGGUAGUGAUAGUUUCACUACCAUUUCUAAAGCCAUAGAAGUUGCUUCUGUGUUGAGUUCAAGGAGCAUUAUUAUAAAAAUAAAAGGGGGCAUAUACCAAGAGAAUCUAAUAUUUCCUCCUAACAAGACUACCCUCUUUUUGGUUGGGGUGAUGGAAGAGACAUCACUAUCAUUACCGAAACCAAAAAUGGGUGAUAUAUGCCCCCUUUUAUUUUUAUAAUAAUUCUCCUUGAACUCAACACAGAAGCAACUUCUAUGGCUUUAGAAAUGGUAGUGAAACUAUCACUACCAUCUAAAGCUACGACCAUAUCAUACCUCAAAACCUCCAAGUCUUUUUCAUCCUCCAACAGCCCUCGGUCCCACUUUGGGGAAUAUUAGCAUUGACAAUGAACAAUAAGGUGACCCAGAAUAAGAAUGAAUUUUUCAUGGCUAAGUUUAAUAGACUUUACUCGAAAGAAUGUAGUACGUGAGACCUUUAAACAAACAAGCAGUUGCCUUAGCGCUAAUAGGAUUUUUCUCCGUAUUUUACAACUGUGAGGUGUUGGGAUAUCAAGACACUUUAUAUGUUAGGCACAGUAGAUUUUAUUUUUAGCGACAUGGCACAGGUUGUAUUACAAAACUGUGAUAUUCAAGUGAUAAUUCCUCUCACAAGCCAGCAGAACGUCAUAACCGCACAAGGAAGAACGAAUAACGAAGAUGGUGGAAUUGUAAUCCAAAAUUGUAGGAUUGGUACCACUCACGAGUUUGAAGGCGUCAAAAAGAAAUUCCAAACAUAUUUAGAGAGACCAUGUAAGAAUUAUUCGAGAACUAUCAUCAUGGAAAGUUAUAUGCGUGAUAUAAUUGACUCAGCUGGUUGGUUAGAGUGGGAAGGCACUACUUCUGGUCUUAACACUCUAUUCUAUAGAGAGUAUAACUUUGGACUUGGUGCUCAAACCUCCAAUAGAGUCACAUGGAAGGGAUUCAAGGUGAUCACUCAUUCUGCUGAGGUCGAGCCUUUUACUGUCAGAAACUUCAUUAAUGACUCCCAAUGGUUGAAUUCUACUGGAUUUCCUUAUAAACUAGACUUGUAAAUUAUACGAUGACUUAGUAAAAUAAACGGUACGGUCCACAGCCACCACUGUGUAUCGUACGGUCUGUCAUCCUCCCAAGUCCGUCCUCCCAGGCUGAAACCAGCAGUAAUGAUUCAUUAAGCCCCUAAUGCAAAUUAAGGUGUGAUUGGACCCCAGCGAAAAGUAAAGGUUCAUCACAACUAGUAUAAAUAAAGGUCCCAGGUAUGAAUUUAGGAUCACGAUGCACAAUAUAUGCAUUACUUGCUUUGUCAACCAUUCGGUUACAUUACUAACUUGAACGUUGAAAUGUCUUUGAAAGUACCCACCCACAUGGCUUGGACAGGGAGGAGGAACAACUUAACUUACGUGCCAACCAUUCGGUUACAUUACUAACUUGAGCCUUGGAACGCCUUUGAAGGUGCCUACCCACAUGGCUUGGACAAGGAGGAGGAACAACUUAACUUAGAGGAUGGAGGACAACUAGGGAGCCUGUUCGGUCUUCAAGACAACCUGGAGUGUUUUGAGUAAGGGUCUUUAACCCUAUACAUGAAACAGUGCAACUCCAUCUUCUGAAUAUAGAAGCAUUUCAAAGAUGAAAACUCUUGAGUCUACUCCUACCAUGUUGAAUCUGAAAGAAGGAAUGAACAGACUGAAAGCUAUGUUAUCAAAAUACUCUCUGCUGGUUUUUCUUUGUCAAAUAAAAACUAUCUGGAAUAUAAGCAAGAUGAAAGUCGCCAAACUCUUCUUCCACAGGAAAAACUGUUUAGUUUAACUCUAGAGCGUAACAAGCGUAAUGGUUUUAUUGAUAGCAAUGAUUAUGGAAUUCGGUCUUUUGAAAAUAAUUGCAAGUCAUGUCAAAAUGUAAAGACUUCGGAUACCAAACUGGACGAGGAAAACUUAAUUUUGAUUUCAGCUGAUGUUUCUUGCAAUGAUGAAAAUCUUAAGACUGUGGAAAUGGAAGAUUCUCCCUCAUUUAACAAAGAUGGUAGAUGUGAACCUGGCAGAUGGAACGGUUGAGAAAGGGAACGAUGAAAUAUUGGUUCCAAGCCCUCCUAUCCCAGAAGUAGCUACUCUGUUGCACUCCUG